AGGCGGCUGCUGUGGCUGGGUCUGCUGCUCUUCCUGUCCGCCUGCUCCUACAUCGGAUACAAGCGGGCGCCGGGGCUGGUGCGGGCGCCCGUGGACGCGGCGUUCGGGGCGGCGGCGGGGGCAGCCACCCGGCUCUGGCGGCAGGCUGAGCCCCGGCUGCUGCAGCAGCUGCAGCGGCUGCGGCCCACGGCGCCUCCCGAAGAGCCGCCGCCGCAGGUGCUGCCAACCGGGUUCACAGCACCCCCCCACCGGCCGCCGCCGCCGCCUCAUGAGGCUGCUGGUGAGGGAGGGGAUGCCUGGGGCGCCGGCAGCGGAAUGCAUGCGAGGGUGCCGCAGCCGCCAGCCAGCCCCUACCUACCGGAGCAGGAGCCUCCUGCUCCGGUAGCAGUAGAAGAAGCCGCCGCUGCUGACAUGAAAGCAUCGGAAGCCCUGGGUCGCGACCCAUGGGACACCGACCUCUUGGACCAGCAGCUCCCGGAUUACCAUCUGGAGCAGCAGCAACAUCUGGAGCAGGAGCAGCCACCCGUGCAGCAGCUGGCCUCCUCUGAGCUGCCGUACAGCAGCCUAGAGGAGAUGUACGGCAUCGGAGCAGCAGCAGCAGCAGCACAGGCGGGUUUUGCGCUGGGAGCACCAGCACCCGACAGCGACCACCAGGGUGCCCCGGCAGCUGGAGAGAGCGAGGACGACAGCAUGCUGGGGGGCGCGGCCGCCGCUGCUGACGUGGCAGGUGGCGAGGAGGCGGAUGACCCAUGGGCCCGUCCGGAGUCGUUCGCGCAGGACCUCGACCUCCACCCCCCCUCGGGUGAGGCCCAGGUCACGGAGGAGUCCGUUCAGGAGGAGCCUGCCCGGGAGGACCCCUAUUCCAGUGCCCGACAGCAGCAGCAGCAGCAGCAGCACCACGAGAAGCAGGAGUGGCAGCGGCCCCAGGAGCAGGUGCAGCAGCAGCAGGUGCAGCCGGAGUCGGAGGCAGUUGUGGCCUCGGAGGAGCUCUAUGUGCCGGGUCCUGACCCCUGGGACCUGGGUGACGAGGAGCAGCAGGAGGAGCAGCCGCAGCAGCAGCAGCAGCAGGCACAUGAUGACGCAGCCGCCCCUGCUCCCCCUGCUGCAGCCGCUGCUGGAGAGGAGGAUGGCAGUGAGGAGCAGUUCGCGUUGAGUCCCGUCCUGUCCGGCGAGCCCGAGCCGGCAGGUGAUGCUGGGGACCAGGCAGCGGUGCUGCAGCCCGUCCUUUCCGCCCCUCCCGCCCCCGCAGCCAGGGAGGAGGCAGCAGCUGCCGGCUCUGAAGCCAGGGAGGCCGCUGCUGCUGCUGCUGCCCAGGAGCCGGCAGCUGACAUAGAGGAAGAGGAGGAGGAGGUGAGGGCGGAGGUCGUCAGCGGCGACAUGGCUCCCGCCUCCGCCGCGGGCUCCAGCGGCACACAGGAGGAGGCCGCAGUGGUUGAGGCCGCCGCCGGGGACAACGACACCGCCGCCGCCGCUGCGGCUGCCUCCCCUGUGUCAGGGGCGGUUGAUUCCUCUGGCGCUGGGGGUGUGGUGGUGGGCGAGGCUGCCGCCGACUCAGCCCCUGAUGGUCAUGAUGCUGAUGCUGAUGAUGUUAAUGUUGAGGACUCAGCCCCUGAGGAGGAGGCGGAGGAGGAGGACCCUCGCAUCGCGUCCCUCCGCCGCUUCGCCCGGCAGCACGGUGUGCGCGGCAUGCCGCCCUGGAUGCGCGCCGUGCUGGGGCGGGAGCGCGAGUUCGCGGAGCAGGUGGCGGAGGCGGAGCGGGAGUGGGCGGCAGCAGCAGUGGGGUCAGCGCAGGAGGAGAAGGAGGCGGAGGAGGAGCAGGAGCAGGUGCAGGAGGAGUGGCUGGUGGACGAGGAGGGCAGGCUGCUGCAGCGGCAGGUGGAGCCGCACCGGGAAGAGCAGGGAGAGCAUGGGGAGGGAGAGCAGGGGGAGCAGCUGCCGCAGCAGGAGGGCAGCCAGGAGGACCCGAGCGAGCCUGACUCCCAGCAAGCCGAGGUGCCUGCUGCCGCAACCGAUCUGCCAAAGCAGCCCAAGCAGCCCAAGGAGCAGGUUGAGGUUGAGGUUGAGCAGCCGCCUGCGGUGCAGCCGGCGCCUGCCUCCACCCUGCCGGCAGCGCUGGAGCCGCAGCGGGAGGGCGUCGAGGUGGCAGCCGGAGCACAGGAGCGGGCGGGGAGGGAAUCCGAGGCGAGCAGCAGCAGCAGCAGUGGCAACAGUGAGGAGGAGGAGCAGGGGCCGGCACCCGCCGCUGCCGCCCAGGGCCUUGACCUGGAGGCCAGCGCCGACAACGCCUCCGCUGCCUCCUAUGUCUCGGAGCUGGACUUUCCGAAGCGUGAGGGC